AUGAAUAAAGCAACAACAACCACAACAACUGCAACAACUACAACAACAACAAGCGCAACAACAACAACCACGACAACAAGUACUUCUACGACUUCAACGACAACAACAACAACUACUACCACGACAACAACAACAACAACUACCACGACAACAACAACAACUACUACCACGACAACAACCACUACUACUACUAGUACGACUACUACUUCAACAACGUCGACAUCGACCACAUCAACAACAACUACUACUACAACCACAACUACUAGCACUAGCACUACUUCAACAACGUCAACAUCGACAACAACUACUACUACAACCACAACUACUAGCACUAGCACUACUUCAACAACAGCAACCACAACAACAUCAACAACAGCAACCACAACAACAUCAACAACAGCAACCACAACAACAUCAACAACAGCAACCACAACAACAUCAACAACAGCAACCACAACAACAGCAACAACAACAACAACAACUCCAUCACCUUGUGAUUGCCAUUAUUGUGGUUCUUCUUCUUGUACUUGCAAUUGUAAGUGUGGUGAUUGUAGUUGUGGCUCUUGUAGUUGUGGUUCUGGUUCUGGUUCUUGUACUUGUGAUGAUGGUUAUGGUGCUAAUACUGGUGGUGGUUUUGGUUCUGCUACUAGCGUUAACUCUACUCUUGCUGCUAGUUGUAGUUGUAAUUCUACGGAUACUUGUCCAUAUUGUAAUAGUAAUAGCGGUUGCUGUUCUUCGUCGGACGGUUGUAAUACUAGUUGUGUUGGUGGUAAUCUUUGCUAUUAUAAUCAAACUUUUUAUACUUAUACUGAUUUUUGUGCACUUCUUCUUUGUAGUAGUACGUUCUAUACUAAUUAUGGUACCCAUACUUCUUAUCCUUGUAGUUGUAGUGGCUGCACUACUUCAAAUUGUAAUACUAAUUGCCGUUCUGGUUGUAAUGGUGCUAGUUGUAUGUGUAAUUUUAAUAAUGAUCCUAGUUGUCAUUUUAGUACUUGUUUUGGUCAGAGUGGUUGUGCUAUUACUUUUUCUGCUGUUACUACUACUUAUAAUGUUUCUUAUUAUUAUUGUCAUUUUUAA